AUGCUGGCCUCAAACCAAGCUGCUUGGCUUAGCUCCAAGUCAGCUCGUCCUCUCAAGGUUGGCUUAGCACCAUACACCAACCCGCACGGCAAUGAGAUCGUGGUCAAGAAUGGAGCUGUUGCGGUUAAUCGACUUGAAUGGACCAAGCAGCUGAUGGGCAACAUGGCGUCUAGAUGGAUGAAAUACCCCUUUGUGCUUGGAAACGACUGCGCUGGUGAGGUUGUUCAGAUCGGCGACGAUGUCAGUCGCUUCAAAAUCGGCGAUCGUGUCCUUGCUCAUGCCCUUUCUAUGGAUCCUGCUGUUAACAAGUCAUCUGAGGGCGCCUUCCAGAAAUACACUGUCAUCCGUGACAAUAUGGCCGCCUUGAUCCCAGAUUGGAUGUCUUACGAAGAAGCUUGUGUCGUUCCCCUCGGCUUGUCGACUGCCGCGUCCGCGUUGUUCCAAAAGGACUACCUCGCUCUCAAACUGCCGGAUGCCUCAGCCGCACCCUCUGAUUCGACUCCGGAAGUGGUCUUGGUGUGGGGUGGAUCGACCAGCGUGGGCAGCAAUGCCAUACAACUCGCGAUCGCAGCGGGCUACGAAGUCGUCACUACCUGUUCCCCGACGAAUUUUGACUACGUCUCAAGCCUGGGGGCAUACCAUGUCUUUGAUUAUCACAGCAAGGCUACUAUCCAGCAGAUAGUCAACAUUAUGCGGAACAAAGCGGUUGCUGGGGCUAUUGCGAUUGGGAAGGGCUCGACCGAGGCUUGCAUCGAGAUUCUCGCAAAGACAAAUGGCUCAAAGUUCGUGGCUCAGGCCAGUUCUCUGUCCUUUGAAACAAUACCAACUACAACUUUCGGGAUCGUGCGCGCGAUGGGUGCUUGGGUGUGGUCGAGAAUAACCAUAUUUAUCAAGUCGAAACUCCGUGGCGUGAAAACCAAGCUUAUCGUCGGUACCUCUUUGGCCCACAACGAGGUGGGCGCUUCGAUCUACAGCCAAUUCCUGCCCGGUGCUCUCGAGAAUGGGGGUUUUAUUGCUGCCCCUAGGGCUUUUGUUGUGGGUAAGGGUCUGGGCGAUAUUCAGAAGGCUUUUGAUUUCCACAUGCAGGGAGUCUCUGCCCAAAAGAUUGUAGUUUCGCUUUGA